GUUUCUUGGUAUUGGUAUGUUCUCCUUGCGCUAGUUGAAGUCCACGGCAACUAUUUCGUUAACAAAGCAUUCCAAUUCACGUCGAUCACAAGUGUGGCGAUCCUCGAUUGUUGGACGAUAACUUGGGCAAUUAUUCUCACGUGGAUUUUCUUGGGCACGAAAUAUUCUGCUUGGCAAUUUUUUGGUGCAGCAGUUUGCUUGACGGGCCUUUGCCUCGUUCUUCUUUCUUAUGCUCGUUCGAGUGGUGGUGGUGGUGGAGUUUGUUGUUUUACAAAUGUUUCCUUCCUUUUUGAUCGAUAUAUACAGGAAUUUUGCGCGAAGAAGAAUGAUCUAACUGAAGUAAUAGCAAUGAUUGGUCUGUUUAGUAUGCUCGUUAGUGCAUCCGAGAUUCCUGUCCUGGAGAGGAAGGCCCUGAUGUCGAAUAAUUGGUCUGCUGGACUUACAUAUGCUGGUUACGCAAUGUCGAGCUUUCUCUUCUACACGCUCGCUCCUUUAGUUCUCAAGGCUAGUUCCAAU